CAUCCUCUUCGUCUUUAAAACCCUAAUCUUCUCUAUCUUCCUUAUCAUCAUCUUCCUCGACGAAACACUUUCUUCUAAUCGUUAGGGUUUAGGUUUCGAGCAAUUACUUUCAGAUAAUGGCUGCAUCCACGGCUCAGAUUCACGUUCUCGGAGGUGUUCCUUUCACUUCUUCUUCCAAGAAAUCUGCUGGAAAAUGUCCCAGAACAGUUUUUUUCGGUCACAAGCCGAACCGUAACAUAGGUUCUGUUCAAUUGCCGACUCUGAGGAAGAGUAGAAGCAGGAGGAGCUCCGGUGCUGUUCCUUUGAGAGUCGUGGCGGAGAAGGUUGUUGGAAUCGAUCUCGGUACGACGAAUUCGGCCGUGGCAGCUAUGGAAGGAGGUAAGCCGGUGAUUGUAACCAACUCAGAAGGACAGAGAACUACUCCGUCUGUCGUGGCGUAUACCAAAGUUGGAGAUCUUCUAGUCGGACAGAUUGCUAAACGGCAGUCUGUUGUUAACUCUGAAAACACUUUUUUCUCUGUUAAGAGGUUUAUUGGGAGGAAGAUGUCAGAGGUUGACGAAGAGGCUAAGCAGGUUUCUUAUACUGUUGUUCGUGACGAAAAUGGUAAUGUUAAACUUGAAUGUCCUGCCAUGGGCAAGCAAUUUGCCGCAGAGGAGAUCUCAGCUCAGGUUUUGAGAAAGCUUGUAGAUGAUGCAUCAAAGUUUUUGAAUGAUAAGGUUACUAAAGCUGUAGUUACUGUGCCUGCUUACUUCAAUGAUUCACAAAGGACAGCAACUAAGGAUGCUGGUAGAAUUGCUGGUUUAGAAGUUUUGCGAAUUAUUAAUGAACCUACAGCUGCAUCAUUAGCAUAUGGAUUUGAGAAGAAGAACAAUGAAACUAUCCUUGUAUUUGAUCUUGGAGGUGGUACCUUUGAUGUUUCAGUGCUGGAGGUUGGUGAUGGAGUGUUUGAGGUGCUUUCUACUUCUGGUGAUACUCAUCUUGGUGGUGAUGAUUUUGACAAGAGAAUUGUGGAUUGGCUAGCUUCUAAUUUUAAGAAGGAUGAAGGCAUAGAUCUUUUGAAGGAUAAACAAGCACUUCAGCGUUUAACAGAAACAGCUGAGAAAGCAAAGAUGGAGUUGUCAUCCUUGACACAGACGAACAUUAGCUUACCUUUCAUCACAGCAACUGCUGAUGGACCAAAGCACAUUGAAUCCACUCUAACUAGGGCUAAAUUUGAAGAACUAUGUUCUGAUUUGCUAGACAGGCUGAAGAGACCUGUUGAAAAUUCAUUGAGGGAUGCAAAACUAUCUUUUAGUGACUUAGAUGAAGUCAUCCUUGUUGGUGGAUCAACUCGGAUUCCUGCAGUUCAAGAGCUUGUUAGGAGACUGACUGGUAAAGAACCUAAUGUUACUGUCAAUCCUGAUGAAGUUGUGGCUCUUGGUGCUGCUGUUCAGGCGGGUAUAUUGUCUGGGGAUGUUAGCAACAUUGUCCUUCUCGAUGUGACACCAUUGUCUCUCGGUUUGGAAACACUCGGCGGUGUCAUGACCAAAAUCAUUCCUAGAAACACAACUUUACCAACCUCAAAGUCGGAGGUUUUCUCAACUGCCGCCGAUGGACAGACGAGUGUCGAGAUAAAUGUACUUCAAGGUGAGCGAGAGUUUGUCCGCGAUAACAAGUCUGUUGGAAGUUUCCGUCUGGAUGGAAUUCCUCCUGCUCCUCGUGGUGUUCCUCAGAUCGAAGUCAAGUUCGAUAUUGAUGCAAAUGGAAUUCUCUCUGUUACUGCUAUUGAUAAAGGCACUGGGAAGAAGCAAGAUAUCACCAUUACUGGGGCUAGCACCUUGCCUAGUGAUGAGGUAGAGAGAAUGGUUAAUGAAGCUGAAAAGUACUCCAAGGAAGAUAAAGAAAAGAGAGACGCCAUCGACACCAAAAACCAAGCGGAUUCAGUUGUAUACCAAACCGAGAAGCAAUUGAAAGAAUUAGGAGAAAAAGUUCCUGUCCCAGUUAAGGAGAAGGUUGAAUCUAAGCUCAAUGAGCUCAAAGAUACAAUAGCAAAUGGUUCAACUCAAGCCAUUAAAGAUGCCAUGGCUGCUCUUAAUCAAGAAGUCAUGCAAUUAGGUCAAUCUCUCUACAAUCAGUCCGGUUCCUCCGCUGCACCCGAAGGUGGUGCUGCCUCCGCAGGACCUUCAGACGCCAAGGGAGAAUCCGACAACAAUGAUGUCAUCGAUGCCGACUUCACCGAUAGCAAGUAAUUUAUCUUUUUUUUCUUUAAAUACACAAAAUAAUACACCGUAAAAGGUUGGAAUUUUGCAAUUCGCGACAUUUAGUUUAUGCUAUAGCUAUUGAAUACUAAACGGGAUUUGCGUAGAAGGCUGGAUAAUCAUCCUUGAGAACCA